AUGCACUGGGUGUUGAAGAAAAUAAAAAUUGAUCUGAAUUUUAAAUGUGAACAGUGUGAUAUGUCUAAAAAUGAGUUUCUCGACGCCAUCGGCUUGGAAUCCACAGAUAAGUUAAAACCGAAAUUUUUAUUAUAUAUAAUUACUCAAAAAAAUUUGAUUAUGCAUGAAUUACAAGACAAAAUUUGUAUUUUGAAUAAGAAAAUUGAUUUAAUAUGUCAAAUAAAUGCCUUAUUAUCCACAACAGCCGCUGCAAAAAUUAUACGUGUUGGUCAGGAGAUAAGCAACGACAAAAACAGGACCAGCUGUAAUAGCAAUAGUGUUGAUAUUGAAAAACCUUGUUCAACCAAACAAUCGUAUGGGAAUUCCCUCGGAGUUCCCCAAAAAAGGCAACACUAUAAAUUUCAAAACAAAGACGUCGCGACAAUAAAUUUAGAACAGGACACGCUGAAUAAAUGUCAUGAAAUCUCGAACUUUGCUUCUACAGUUAUCACAAUAAAUUCCGCAACUGAAAUAAAUAGUGAUGUAAAGAAAAAUCCGACAAAUGAUUGGAAAACAGUUACCAAUUCUAAAAAAACGACCAAAUAA